CCCCCAGCCUUGGCCUGCUCCUCAGAACCGACUGCUGUCUGGUCCCUGGCGCUCUCUCGACCCUCACCGAACCCUCGAACCCUCUCCUCCUCGCCAGCAGCCGUAGGCCACGCUCGAGCCGAGCGCAGCAGCCGCUCGCCCUGAGAUCGAACACCGAGAUCGAACCCCGAGGCUCUCUCCUCGGAGGUCACCCGCGCCGAGCGCGGCCAUGCGGCGGCUGCUGCUGCUGCGGUUGCGUCCGGGAGGCCGCGGCCUCCCCGCCCUGGGCCCCCUACGGCUCCCCACCCUGGGCCCCGUGGGCCUCCCCACCCUGGGCCUACCCGCGACCCGGACCGCGGCGAGCGGCGAGCAUCGUGAGGCGAGGAGCGCGGCGCAGCCGCCCGCGGAGCCCGAGCGGGACUGGGUAGGUCCCCCGGACCGGGACUCGAACCUGCGUCCCGUGCGCGUGGGGAGACGACCCGCCGAGUCGCCGCUGGAGCUGCAGCUGCGCGAGCUGCGUGGAGACACCGAGGCGUGGAGCCACCACUUCUGGAGCGAGCAGAACCUGACCUUCAGCCGGGAGAAGCAGAAGUUCAUCGUGAAGCGUCUGCGCGAUAAAGGGCUGGGGACUCACGAUGAGGAUGGUUCCAAGAGGAGUCUGAGCGUGGAGGAGAUGGCAGAAUUCUACAAAGGCUUUCUGGAUGACAACUACACCAAGCACCUCAACUAUAACAAGGAGUGGUACCGCAGGAACUUCACCAUGACGUGGAUGAUGGGUCGCGUGGCCGUGCUCCGAGCCUGGAGGUUUGUGCUGAGUGGCGGUCGCCCCCGGUGACCUCGCGACUCCCCGCGCGGUGGCUGUAGUCACUGCUGGCUACUGGGAGGAAGUAGCCGCCGCCCGUGUCUCCCGGCUGACGUGGUCGCCGCGCGGAGGCCGCGUCCGGAGCCGGCGAUCUGUGCGCAUCGUGCCUGUGGCUCGGCUCUGGGCACAGCAACCACAACAACCAUUUUACAAUAAUUUGAAAGUAUGUUGCGUGUACGCGGCAAGUUGGUAAAAUGUCGUGAGAGCGGCCUUUGUCAUCGCGCUCUGGCUGCAUACGCGCUUGUUUCUGUAUACUCCCGAUGGCCUCCGUGUGAAAAUUGCGAGAGUUAAAAAAAUUCGAAUUUGUCGGCGUUUUCAGAUGCAAUUUUCGUGAAUUGCGUCAUGCGAAAAAAAUGAGAUGUUUUUGUAAACAUUUUUUUUCUAAAAUCGCAUUUCAAGACACUUUACAAGAAUGAACAAAAACUACCUCGGGGUAGCAGGCGGAGGGGGUGGAGGGGGAGGGGCGGUCAAGGCAGGGAAAUCAUCUGAGAGAGAGGAGAGAUGGCAACACUGCGGCACAGCAAGCAGGGCCCAGCACCAACAACAACAAAAACAUUGACAACAAGCGACGGCGGGGGCAGCCAGGACAGCUCCAACGAGUCUCAGGCUCAUCCUGGAGGAAACUGGGGGUCCAGGCGAUGCCCGCGGACGCCGCACACUGCCGGAAGUAAACGCAAGUUUGGAUGUGCGGGAUGGUGACCUCACGGUGUGUCCCGCGUGUUGCGAACGAGUUGCGAGCCGGAGUUUCCUUUGCAUAAAAUAAAGACCUAUUCGUCUCGA